AUGCGGCUCAAACGCGGCGUGGAGCGCGAAUCAUGCGACUUUUGCCACGGCAGGAAGAUAAAAUGCGACCGCGCGCCGCGCGCCGCGAGGGGGAUCGAUGGCUGCUCGGCAUGUGAGAGGCGCGACCUUGCCUGCCUCGUCGACGACUCCGGCGACGUGCGCCUCCAGAGACGCCGGCGUCUCGACUCCAGGCUCCUUACGGAGUUCCUGCUUGACCUCAACGCGGAAAGCGCCUUCUUUCUGGAUCAGAUAUUCAUGGGAAACCUCGCAUCCGAGUGGACGACAACAAACGAUACGUAUACGGGGGGGCUGGCCAUGGACGACCCCCUAGCAGUGCCGACCUCGUCGGAUGUGCCCUCCGACGACGACCUGGCGCACUACCAGGACCUAUGGCGCGACUGCGCCCUACCCUCCGCCGACCUCUUCCGACAGGCCGUCCAGGCGUACUUUGACCACGCCGCCAUGGCGCUGCCCAUUACGUUUGAGGACGCCUUCUGGCGCGACGUGCGCGCCAAGGCCGCCAGCCCUGCCUUCCUCUGCGCCGUCGCCUGUCGCGGCAUGCCGUUCACCCGGCACCCCGAGCAGUGGCCGCUGCAGCGGCGACUGGCCCACCACUUCAAGGACCUGUUCCUGCAGCGGCAGCAGAGCAGCAGCGCGCCGCCGUCGCUGGACGACGUGGAGGCGCUGGCGCUCAUGGUCGACUUCCCCUACGGCGAGGUGUCCGGCCUGGAGCGGCUGUUCCUGUCCAAAAAGUCCCUGGUACUUGUGACGCUGGAGAUGGGUUCGACGACCACGACCCCGCUGCUCUCUCGGGCUCCGGAGCGGCACUCCCUGCUUUUUUGGCACGUCUACGGGCUCGACGCCUUCUCCUGCCUCGACGCCAAGACUCCGUCGCGCAUCCCCGAGGCGGAAGCGGCUCGGCCGCAGCUCACGCAGCACGCGGGCUUCGGGUACCUGGACGCGAUGCUGUCCCUCGCGCUCGUCGCGCGCGCCAUCCUGCAGACGCUCAGCGGGUCUUCCCACCGCGGCAUCACGCACGCCGACGUGGACGCGCUCUACACCCAACUUGAGCACUGGCGGGCCGUGUCGUGCCCGCCUCAUUUACGGAGCUGGCGACGUGACGAUGGCGAGUCGGCUCACCUUGAUGUCCAGCGGGCUGUGCUGCACCUGCUGCGCGUCAACUGCUACCUGCAGAUCGAGAACUGGGUAGACGAGCACGGCUUGAGCGUGGCGAGCGUCGCUGACCUCGCGACCGGCGCGCGCGUAGAGUACGAGAGCCUCCGGGCGGUGCAGGACGGCGCGGACGUGGCCGCGUGGCUCGGGGAGGACCGCCACGUGGGGGACUUUGCCGUGGUCGACCUCGCCCCGAACAUCUUGCGGGACAUCAGCGCCGGUCUUGGCGUCUGGACGUGCCUGCACGGCGUGCGGCAGGUUGACAAUUCUACGUAUCAGGUGCACGACCGCUCUACAAAGGGCUUGCUGGAGAUGCACCUGGAAACGGCGAGGUUGUUCCGGUCGACCGUUGCGGCGGCGACUUCGCACAGCGACACGCCUCGCUAA